CUUAUAGUGUGACACCGUGUUACAACGUGACCUUCCUCCAAUAUUUGACAAGCAUGGAAGCAGAGCUAAGUGAACACAACUUCUGGAUUAGGAGACACAAGAAGAUGUGACUUGUAACUUCAUCGUGGCAGCGAAACGGAGAUAAAUCAAGUUAUAGGAGUUUAUGUUCUGUUGAAAUUAAUAGAGAUAUAGACCUGCAGUGGCUGCCCACGCUUCCUGGUGUUUACUACAUUUGAGACAACUGCACUUUUAAAAAAAUCAUUGCAAUGUUGCGCCUCUUCGCUAACCAGGGUUUGUAUGAACUCUGGAGGUGCAGUCAUCAUGUAGCAGCCUGUGUUACCAAGAGGAGAGCUUUGAGCCUGAUCAGCAGCGCCGGUCAGCAGCACCGACCACACAUCCUGGGUCGAGGCUUCAGUACCGGGUUCCCAGUGUGGAAAGAUGCUCUACAGCCACAAAUGGACAAAUCAGAGGAAUUGGACACAGUAGAUCUGGACAAAUGGAAAUCAGUAAUGAGGUCUCAAGCUGCAUCAGGAGAGAAAGUCAAUGAAGAAGAUGAAGCAAGUGAUGAUGAUGGAAGUCAGGUACCAGGAGGUGAUUCAAACUUAAGCUCUUCACUGGAGGCAACUCGGGAAAUGGUGACAAUGUGGCGUGAAGCUGGUAAACUGGUACCUCAGGAGAUAAAUGAUGAAGAGGUUAAGAUUUUGGCAGAGCUCACCACCAAGUCCGCCAGGAAGAAGUACCUGAAGUACCUGGCUAUCAAGGAGGGCCACAAAAGGGCCAAUAAAGAGAAGAAGCUAAAGAAGAAGGCAGAAAAGGAAGCCUUUAAGGAGCAGAAGAAAGAGCAGGACGAUGAAGAAGACGAUCAUACAGCUUGGAAUCUUAGAAGGACGUUCAUCCGCAAGUACUGGGACCGCUCCCUGGACCAGGUUCUGGCCUGGAGAAGCGCCCAGGCCAUGAUGUUUGAUCAGCCUCUGGUGUUUGACAUGAGCUACGCCACCAGCAUGACCAGGCGGGAGGUGGAGAACACUGUGUCCCAGCUUAUGGAGGUGGAAGGGAGGAACCGACGUGCCACCGAGCCCUUUCACCUCCACUAUUGCAACCUGCAGAAGGACGGGGCCUACAUGCAGGAGCUGCUCAAACGAUACGGAGCUGAGAGGUUGGACCGCCUGCUCAUCACCACCACUGACCGCCACCAUGUCGACAUGUUCCCCCACGAGCAGCUUGUGUACCUGACUGCAGACUCUCCUAAUGUUCUCCGCAAGUUUGACCACUCCAAGGUCUACAUCAUCGGGGCUUUGGUGGACCGGUCAAUCCAGUCUGGCUUAUCUUUAGCCAACGCCAAGCGCCUGAAGCUGGCCACUGCACGGUUACCCCUGGAUGAGUUCCUCCACUGGGACAUCGGAGCCAAAAAUCUGACUCUGGACCAGAUGAUCCGCAUCAUGCUCACCAUGAAGGAUACAGGGAAGUGGGAGGAGGCGCUGCAGUUUGUGCCUCAGAGGAAGCACGAUGGAUUCCAUCAACAGAGGACACAGAAAGUGACGACCGAUUACACUGUCAGAGGAGUGUCACUUCAUGGAUACAGGCAAGGUGAGGACCGGCCAGUCAGACCUAGAAGUGACGGUCCAAGCUUUCAGCGGUCUUAUAAAGACGAUGGACUGAGCAAAGUACGGACAUCUUUAAAGAACAGCAUGGAGAGGGGGAAAGGUGCAGGCAGGGGCAGGGUAUGGUGGGAUAAGGAAUGAAGUAAAUAUGUAAUCUUGUAAUAUUGACAUCUUUCUGCUCACCAUCAGAGACAAGUGGUGAAUAAAAUGUUAUUGACUCUC